AUGCCAAGGCUGAAAGUUGUAUACGGUCCGACGGCAUCGGACCCGGACAUCAACGCCCUGCUUGUUUCUCAAGAGACCCUUGCCGGUGCCCAGGCCAUCGAAGACAUCCGGAUCCAGAACGGCCUCAACUCACUCGCUCGCUGCGUCAUCGAUGUCAUCAGUCAUCAUCAAGCUUCCCUACCCGACAAUCAUGACCUUAAACAACUGAAGAUCAGUAGCACUCAUAUUCGCGCUUGGCUCGACUCUCGUCAACCCACAAAUUCCCUUCCAAGCAACUAA